AUUGAAAAUGUCGUUCUCGAAGUUCCUUUUCCCAAAUCUGUCCUAAAUGUCACCUUGACUUGCAACCAAGGCAAGAACUCUUUUGAUCCCGUCUCCAAGUUAAUGACUUGGGAUGUCGGCAAGAUUGACCCUAACAAGUUGCCAAACAUCAAGGGCACAAUCACACUGCAGACUGGAGUGCCAGUGCCAGAAUCCAACCCAACGAUAUCUGUGAUGUUUACAAUCAACACUCUAGCUAUUUCCGGGUUAAAGGUUAACAGGCUUGACAUGUAUGGGGAG